GGAAGGGGCGGUAGUGGUGGUGGUUGUGUGUUCGCUUUCCUCCUCUCUCGCCCUCUCUUCGUGACCGGUUGAAUUUCAGAGUUUAGAGAGGAACACCCUCACGUGCAGCUCAAUCUCUGCAUGGGGUUUACCAAAGCAACUGACUGUGUGGUGCAAACAUUUAUUCAGAGAAACGUGGUGAAAAUCGCUGGUUGGCAGCGUCGGCGGUGUAAAAGACGUAACAAAGACUGAGGAAUAUUCCUGCCAUAUGGACCUCUUUAAUCUUCCUGAAGCAGCAAGAAAGCACGUAAGACGGCGUUUGUUGGGUUGAGCCGUCUCCCAACGAGGGCGUGACAGGAGUGAGUGAGUGAGUGUGGUGUAGUGUACCUUAGUGGCUAACUGGUGGUGCCCGCCGAGCAGUGAGGUGUUAGUGGCCGCUUUCCACCCGGCCUGGCCACCACCAUUCCCUUCCCCCAAGUGUUGAUGGUGCCCGCGUGGUGUUAGUGUUGAUCCCGGCUGGCUUUGGUGCUCAUGUGGACGUGAUCUUAGCCGCCUGUCUGUUUGUCUGCCAACCCGUACCGUAGCGACCCCGGUGCCGCUGGGAUGAAGAGGCCUGUGUCUGAAGUAUACUGCACCUCUCCUUACAUCGCUGUUCCACAGCUGCAGGGCUUGCAGGCUGCUGUGCCCCCUCCACAGGCUGCCCCUGUACCCUAUCCACUACACCAGAGCAGCCUAGCGCCUGCCUACUCUCCAGCCUUCACGCACGCUCUCACACCCGUCUCUGUGAGCCCGGCACUCACACCCGUCUCUGUGAGCCCGGUGCUCCCCCACUACAACCCAAUGAUGCACUUCAUAGACCAGGCGAGAAGUAAAAUAUGCAUCCGGAGGGCGCCAGCUUCGCACCCGGACGAGCGGCCCCAAGAGGUGAAUGUCAAACCCGUCAGGAAAGCGCUAUCAGAUGAAGGGCGGCGGGCCAGUGCCGGGAGCCGCCGCCACCCCAGUCCCUAUCUCGCCCAACCAGCCUGUGGGAACCCCAGCCCACCUGCCUCCCCUGCCUCCCGCCUCCUCGUCUUCCUCUCCUCUCCUACCCUCGCAUGCCUCCCCGCCCCAAGUCCUCCCCAUCUUCAGUUCCUCUUGCAGCAUACACCCUUUACCUGCCUUCCCACGCUGCCUUCUUGCAGCCAGCCUUUGCCACGUUUCCUCCUGCCGACUGCUUCUCGCCCUCCAUCUGCAGUGCUGCCCACUUACUGCCACCAGUUAUCCACCCGUCUCUCCUGCAUCACCACCAUCACGGGGGAGGGUUACCGUGAGUCAUUUUUCGUUGGUGCCUCAUUGCCACUCGCACUUCGGAGGAAGGGUUGCCAUCGGCCACCCGUCCUGGCGAACAACCUCCUCCUCCUCCUCCUCCUCCUCCUCCUCCUCCUCCUCCUCCUCCUCCUCCUCUUCUCCCCCCCGCCAGACACUCAUAUUUGCUACCUCCUUGGGGGCCGAGUCACUCCGCAGACGCCGCCGUGCAGACUCGAGUGAGUCACCGAUGGGGUGCAGCCUGAAGCCAAAAAGAAAACCAAAUAGGAGAUUCAUACCUCGAUGAUUGUGUAAGGAAGGGUUCGAAAUGACGCCCUUGUUGGGUUUUCCCCCGUUGUGCUAGCGAGGGUGAGGCUGGUGGGAGGUGGUUGUUGGUGAUGCCCGGCUAAUCAGCAGUGUUAGAUAACGUAAACAAGAGUCAGUAUUUCAUUAUCUUUUCCCUCUUUUCCUACAAAUGAAGGUCUGAGCAUCAUUUUACAGAGUUACGAUUACAUUUCCUUUGUGUACUUCAUAUUGGUUGCCUUUCGCGUCUUGCAGGUCCUUGUUAUAUAAGACUUGGUGUACUCGUACUCUAGCGUCGCUGUAGCCUGCGGACACCCAGCCACGCAGUCGCACUACGUUUUACCCUUAACCUUAGCCAGCCACCUAAUACCUUCGCCUAAAGCUCAUACUUAUUACUCUAGAAUUGUCCCUCACAAGCCUGAUUUAUUUUUUUCCCCCACGUCGCCGCUGCCCGUGCCCAAACACCGCACCCUAUACCCACUGUGUCUAACCACUCCCGCCACCACUCCUCUCUCUCUCCCCAUUACACCUAGAGCCACACUCAUUGCCCGAAAGCCGUCCUCCUUCCCUCAGGGCGCCUCAUUACGGCCUCGUGGGGGAAAAGUCAUCUUCAGUUUACCGUCGACCUUAAAGCUGGAGGAAGAAACUAGAACUUUUAUAAGCCAGAGUGAGGUGGACCUUCCCUGGAGAACUUAUAACUUGUGUGGCCGAGGAUGAUUUCACGGGGGAGGAGGAGGAGGAGGAGAGGGCGUAUGCCAUGCCUGUACUCCGCAUGCCGCUCCUUCCUUAGGCACGCCUAUGUUCAGUCUUAUGAGUCAUGAGUUGAGCAUUACGUACGUACGUGUGUGUGUGUGUGUGUGUGUGUGUGUGUGUGUGUGUGUGUGUGUGUGUGUGUGUGUGUGUGUGUGUGUGUGUGCAGCAGCCUCCCACGCCCCCAGGAAGUGCUGCGGGCUAAAACACAAAGCUGUUGUUAUAAUGGUUUAAAGACCGCACGCAGCUCCUUUAUUUGUGACUAAUGAGCGUCAUUUAUUGACGGUCCCUGAUAUGUAUUGAAGUCUUGUCCCCGAGGAGAGAAAAAAAGAAAGAGCAGGAUGGAAGAGAAGGGGCGGGGGAGGAGGAGACCCAGGAAGAGGAGCAAGAGAUUAUAGAGAGAAUAGAUUAACGAGUAUUCUGAGCACCCGGGGGCCAAAUAAAGAAAGAGGAUCCAACUCGACUGUUUGAGUGUAAUUAUGCCUCAUUCUUGUGCCUGAGCUGCCUGAGGGAGGGAGACAGGGAGGAGGGAAGGCUCAACAGUGUGGGAGUGAGGGAGGAAGAGAGAAAGAAGGGGGAAGGAAGGAAGGACGGAUGGAUGGUGAUGAUGAUGAGGAUAAUGAAGGAAAAGCUUAAGUGGUGCCACAGAGAUGACCUCCCGUCCUGUCAUCGUCCCUCCCUCUCCUUCCCUCACUUCCUCUUCACCUCCAUGUUCCCUGUGGGCACGUAGCUGAUUAACCUCACCUGCUCAGGAAGGUAAUCUCUCUCUCUCUCUCUCUCUCUCUCUCUCUCUCUCUCUCUCUCUCUCUCUCUCUCUCUCUCUCUCUCUCUCUCUCUCUCUCUCUCUCUCUCUCUCUCUCUCUCUCUCUCUCUCUCUCUCUCUCUCUCUCUCUCUCAUUUGAGGAUGAAACAUUUGAACAGCGAGUAAUCUAGCCCAGGUGAGCAAGAAGCCAGGGUUUCAUUUACUCAACCCGGAGUUAAUGUAAUUCCUCCGCCCCCUCGCAUCUAGCUCACGUCUGAUAACAAAGACUCAACUAGGCUAAUGAGGAGGGUGUCUGUAGAAUGUUGGGGGGUGGGGAGCACCUCCGUAACUGGGGAUGAAUAGGAGAGAGAGAGAGAGAGAGAGAGAGAGAGAGAGAGAGAGAGAGAGAGAGAGAGAGAGAGAGAGAGAGAGAGGAAUCUGUCAUUGAUUUAGGGGUUGCCAGUGCGAGCUUUUCUCUGUGGCGUGUCACCCAUCUUCUCCAGGUGUGCUGCGAGGUGAGAGAGAGAGAGAGAGAGAGAGAGAGAGAGAGAGAGAGAGAGAGAGAGAGAGAGAGAGAGAGAGAGAGAGAGAGAGAGAUGGUUUAGGGUCUCUUCCUUAUGUUAGCAUCAGAUAGGAAGGCGUUCGCGUGACGGCGAGGCUAACAAAGCCUGGGGUAUUGCGUAGUAAAGUAAGAACGAGUUAAAAAUAUGCUCUUGGUCUCAGUUUUUUUCCUAGUAUUCACCUGACAAACUGACUGGAGAGGAGGUGGAGAUUACUGGCUGACUGAUUUGACUGACUGACAGAAUGACAAGAGUUGACUAUUUUGCUGAUAAUAGGUUUGAUUUACGUACAUAUAGGACUUAGGUAUUCAGAAGACUACUAACUGAAUGGGAGUGGGUUAAUUAGACCGUACUUUGAUUGGGAAUGCAAUUAAGUUGGCUGGCGUUGAUGAAAGAAGACUGACUGUAGCCAAGCAGAGUAGACUAAGUUUAACUGAGAAUAAUUAGGUAAUUCACAGGUAGAUCGGGAGUCCAAAAGAGCAAGAAACUAAUAAGGAAAGAAAAGAGGAUGUACACAAGUUGCAUUAAAAAGGUCUUAGUAAGCUGCCUUGGUUUGAGUAAGGAAAUGUUGAGCGUGGCAUUCAGCACUAACCUGUAGCAGGCAAUCCCAGUAAUUCUUGGCGUUUAGUGUUAAGGAGUGGUGAAACGACGGGACAGACGCGCACUGUUCUCCCUCUCCCUCUCUCCCCUCCACCACUCCCUCCGUGCCUCUCAUGCCUCUCCUGUGGGCGAGUUCGAUAAGAGUCUAGCAUAGAGAAACCUUUGUGCUGUGCUACUUCUGAGGCCGUGAGAUGCAGUCUGGGAAUGUAUAUGCAUCUCUCUCUCUCUCUCUCUCUCUCUCUCUCUCUCUCUCUCUCUCUCUCUCUCUCUCUCUCUCUCUCUCUCUCUCUCUCUCUCUCUCUCUCUCUCUCUCUCUCUCUCUCUCUCUCUCUCUCUCUCUCUCUGGUGCUGUGCAAAGUCACUGCUAUUUGUCGGCAGUGCGGUGCUGAGCCCGGUCUGCGGCGGUGAUGGGGCGGAUCUGUGGAACCAUUGAAGGGUGUGGCUGGUGUUGAGUGGUGUGGCGGCAGGGGUGGUGGUGUAGGCUUACGGGCGUGAUGUAUGAGACAGCGGGCGGGCAGUGGCGGAGUGUGUAAGCCGCCCAAAUGAUACCUGACGCCGCAUAAUGUACUAGGACACCCGACACCUCAUAUGCCAUACCCCUCCCAUCCCCCCCCCUAUCGCCAAAUCACCCUCCCCUUACAUACUUCCCUUGCUCUGACACUUCUGUCUCCCGCCUCCUCCCCUCGUAUCCUCUUCCCCUCGUCUUUCUCUCCCCUCUUCCCUAUUGUUCCCUCGGUGCGUCUCGCUAGUGUGCCGGAUGUAACUGUAGAGGGCUCGUUUUUAGCACGUGGUUAUCCUAAUGGCGGGGGAAAGAUACGGAUAAGUCUGUUUUGUUUGCGAUCAUUGAAGCUGUGUGUUCAGUUCUUUAUAUUGGACGAAAUAAAUUUACCUCGUGUAUAAUAUAUUCUACUGUUCUCGAAGUUAUGCAUGGAUGUUUCUCUCAUAUAAAUCUUUUCACUGCUUGGCAAUUUUACCAAUAAAUACGUUAAGUUUUUCGGACUGUUUUUGCACGGGCCCUUCGGUUCGUUAACCUAGAAAAGAAAAAUAAUCGCCAAUUUCCUCUUUUUCUGUUUUUAUUCAUAUUUGUACUGUACUCCGGAUAGCAACAAGACAUUUUGUAUGAGUAAAAGGGUUGAUAAGAAAAGUAAAUUAUGGCCCGCUAUAUAUAACUUGAUGUAAGAAUGAAUGAACUUUACUCCAGUUUAAUUACCUUGAUAUUUUCUUACCUCAUAUAUAACGGAGAAAGACGUGGAGAUAGAUAGCCAAUAGAAAAAAAAAUCUGGCUAUGCCUCGGUCAUUAUGGGAAAGUCCUGAGAUUUUUCUUUAAUCUGCCAAGUAAUUAAGUCUUCGGAUGAGCUGAUAACACAGUGAAAAUUUUCGCGUUAAGAUGGAGCUUUUCUAUAGAGGAUUGCACCUGAGGACGAGGCGCUUCGGUCCCUGCGGUAAUCUGCGGGUUAAGGAGAGUCUCUAUUCCCAGAUAUGAUUAGAUCCUUAUGUCUUUCGCUGAAGCUCAUCUCUGAACCGUUCACAGUACUGAGAGAGAGAGAGAGAGAGAGAGAGAGAGAGAGAGAGAGAGAGAGAGAGAGAGAGAGAGAGAGAGAUAUGCCAAGCGCUCCUCCGUCCCACCCUCCACCCGUUGUAGGUAGGUAGGUAGCCGAGGGGGCCACACGCACACAGACAUCAUUUCCAACACAGCCGUUCAAUUACCGCCGCAUCCCUCCCCCUCCCCGACCCUCCAGCACCCUUUCCUCACGUCAAACUGCCGCCUCGACUUAUUGAUUUUUAGCGACAGCGAGAUAACGGUUAUUGGGAAGAAAUAUUUCGCCCCGGAUUGGUGGAGAAGACCUGGAGAGAAGGAUGAUGGAGGGAGGGUGGAGGCGAGGGUGGUAAGGGAAGGGUUAGUGUGAUGCUCCUCUGAGGAAGGCACUGGUCGCUGGGGAGUUGAGAGAGGAGCGUUGUGUCCUGGGAUGUUAUAGGGUGGCGUGCGAAGUUGCCUUAUUGUGUAUUAGGGAAGGGAGGGGUGGAGGUGUGUGCCGGUAAUACAUUGUGUUAGCGAAGGAGGAUCGGGAGGGUGGAAAGGGUUUUAGGGCGUAAUGGGUUCGUGAAGAGGUUAGCAGCGUGAUGGGCUGGUCUUGGUCUGGGCUUGGUGGUGGGCUUGGGACGAUGAGACGCGGCCCUGUGUGUUUGUGUGUGUGUGUGUGUGUCGAGGGAGGGGAAAGGUGGCUGGAUGUGGUUGGGUCGUGAUUCUUUGUCGCUUGGUGAGUAUUUGGUGGAAGAUUCCCCAUGACCUUCUCCUUUGUUCCGGCUGUGACUUACUUUCUUCUUUUCUUUCCUCCUCCUCCUCCUCCUCGCCCUCGUCCUCUCCUCUCCUCUCCUCUCCUUUCCAAUGUGAACUAAGAGUGGCCGUGGGGUGAGGAUGGAAGUUAUUUGAGUGGUUAAGGUUUCUGUUACCAAGGAAGGGAGGCCUAAGGUCAUUAGGCCUAUCAUGUAACCAUGCCCUUUCCCUUUUUGCGCGCCCCUCAGUGAGGCACUUUCUUUCCCUCACUUUCUCCUUCUCUUGGUUCUUCCUCCACGCCUUGCAUGUUUUCGCCCUCAUCUUCAUCCAAACUUCCCGCCUCCAAGUUUUCUUAACCUAGUGAUUUAUUACUGUGUUUUAUAUUGCCAAACACUUUUUCCUACGAUUACUCUCAGGACCUCCGUCAUUCCUCCUUCACUUCUUGACGGUCAUAACCUUACUAACGCCGGGGCUCUAAGAGGUAAAUUUUCCUAGUACUGUACACUAAUGCAUUUGUGAGGACAGAUAUGUUCCCUGUAGGCCUUGGUUGGGUGGAAGGGAAGCAGAGGAACCUCAGGCCUGGCGUGUAAGAGGGAGACUUGAGUGGAUGCAAUUUAUUUCAGACAGCUUAAACUCCCCCUCUUCCUGUGUGUGUGUGUGUGUGUGUGUGUGUGUGUGUGUGUGUGUGUGUGUGUGUGUGUGUGUGUGUGUGUGUGUGUGUGUGUGUCAGUCUAUCUCUCUCAAAAAGGGGAGUGGAGUUCGAUCGCGUGGCCCAUGUGGCGUGAGGUGUGGGUGAGCAAUGGGCGCCUCACCCUCCUAGCCUCUCCUUACCUGACGAACCCUCACCUGGCUUACAUCAUCGCCAGAAUAAUCACGGCAGGGGAUAAACACGAGCUUAUUUUCGAUACUUCAAGGGUACUAUUUUUUCUCACCGUUUUUGCUUUGCCCUUCCAAUUUCAUUUACUUUUAUUAUAGUUAUUUUGACCGAACACAUCUCAAGGUUGAUUCCAUAUUUGCUAACGUCACCACCAUCGCUUGGCAACCAAGACACUGGCUCAUCCCGGCCGCCGCCCAUCCAUUCUAGAUCUCCUCCCCAAGGGUUCUUUAAAAGGGCAAGGUUAUAUGACGGAGACGUUCAGCUUCCCAUGUCAAGAGGUAACAUAAGUUUCCGCUCAGAUGUGACUCCCUCGCCUUUCACCGCCGCGCAGCAAGGAAGUGCCUUUGAGAAAUUACCGGGAUUUUCGUUCACUCGUAAGAAUAUCAUAAUUUUCUACGUAUGGUGCGGAAAAAAAAGAAAAAACAACCUGAAUGAUACACCUGCUGAUGCAAGAGAGAGAGAGAGAGAGAGAGAGAGAGAGAGAGAGAGAGAGAGAGAGAGAGAGAGAGAGAGAGAGAGAGAGAGAGAGAACUGGUAGUGAAGACAGAGUUUAGGGUUGUCUUUGAAGGAGUGGGUGGGUGGUCAUGGCCAGGGCCUUGCAGUGUUGCCACCAUCCGUCCCACGCUUUAUUCUCCUCACUCACGAGGAUUCUCUGGGCUGCGUUACUCAUCCCGCCGUCCACCCAUGACCGCUGGUAUUCUCCAUGUGUAUAGAUCUUCCAGCAGCGCCAUAUAUCUUGAGCGUCUCACUCACGCGCCCUGUUGACACCGCGUUAAAAGAAAUCGGUGCGAGUCUCGUCCAUCACGGCUAGACGGACUGAAGCCUCUGGUCCACGGGUAGUCUGGACCGGGCUCUCAGUGACCUUUCAAUAGAUAGAGCAGAGUCACGGCGGCAGGUGGAGGCCCAAGCACCAGGUGGAUGGAGGAGGAGGAACGUGCUGGUCAACUCACCAGUGUGCGGGGGAGUGUGAGGGAGGGAGGGAGGGACGCCUCAAUCCAAGCGUGAAGGCUCUCAAGGUCUGGGUUGGCCACGGUCAUUCCCCACUUAUCCACGUAGUGAGUGGCCCAGGGAGCGGGGAAGGGACGCGGGGACGAGAGGAGGGAGGUCCGAGCUAAUGAGCAGAAGCCGGAAAGUCCCUGCUAAUAUAAAGCUGAUGGGUAAUGACCGUAAUUAGCACAUUGAUGACAGCGGUGCGCCAGGUGACUUAACCCAUAACGAGAAAUUUGGGAGAAGGAGCAGUCAGCCAACCAGCCUAACGAGGGCGUAGGCCUAACUCCCGUGUCUACAGGAUAAUAGCGCCGCCCGUAAUUGUAUUUCUUAAGUAGAUAGAACGAAUUAACGUGUUAA